GCCCCCUGCUUUUGGCUUCUCUCCCUCUCCCUUCUCUUUCGCAUUCUCCCCGCGCUUUGAUCUCUGCUUAACAACAGUCACGUCACGGGGGGACUCAUACAGGAGAGUUUUGUUGGAAGUUAGAAAGUUUUGCAGCCUCCAGAGGGCUGUAGCAGCAGUAGCAGCAGCAGCAGCAAGCAGCAUCUGAGGGACUCCUGGAAGGGGAAGAGCCAGAGAAUCUGACUCAGUCCUUUGGAGCAAAGCUGCGCCUGCAGGAGAAGGAGCAAGGAGGAGGCGGAGGCGGCAGACAUGGAACAUCAGCUGCUCUGCUGUGAAGUGGAGACCAUCAGGAGAGCCUACCAAGACACCAACCUGCUCAAUGACAGGGUCUUGCAGACGAUGCUGAAAGCAGAGGAGACCUGCUCGCCCUCGGUCUCCUACUUCAAGUGCGUGCAGAAGGAGAUCUUACCAUAUAUGAGGAAAAUAGUGGCCACUUGGAUGUUGGAGGUUGGUAAACGCGCUUUGCAAAAGCUUGCGCUUUCUCGCAAUAAAACCAUUCCGGAGUCCCAGUGUCUCUCUUCCUCUCUUUUCUGUCUUUCUUUACCCCCCUCCAAUUUCCUGCACCCUAAAACAUACUGUGAAGCAUUGAUUUCUACCCCCCGCCACCCCCACCCUCCACGCCUUUCCCCUCUUUCCUAUAGACUUGGGCUAGUUAAGCUAGAAUGCAGCCUUUACGCUGUCACCAAUAACAGGGGGCUUGUCGAGUUAGUAUAUAGAGUCAAUUCGUGCAAAAAAAGAGAGGGGGGAAACGAAUUUUGGAAGUUUCAGAAAGACGCCCCCCUUCCUCGUGCCUCUGCGGGAUCCUAAAGGUGGGAUCGGCAGAUCCCUGGAGCAUGCCCCCCUCCGGAUUCUUCGGCAGCCCUUCAACCUUGCCAUGAAUCGGACUAGGAUUUUAUUUUAAAUUAAUAUCCAUGGACACGUAUGCAAGUGCUCCCCGUGCCAGUAUUAUGCGCCAUCUUUGUUCUUUUAUUGCAAAGGCCAAGUGUUUAUUAAUAAUUAGAAAGGCAGGAGCCCGCGGGAGGGGGAGAGAGGAAAGUGGGGUUCCCGGGGGGACCCCGAGCAGAGGGGAUCGGGCUCCUGGCUUGCAGAUCUUGGGGAGUUGCUGCUGGAAACUUUUCUUUGUUCAGAGAGCAGAAGCGAGCCUCUGGGCUUCCCCCUUGGAAGACAUGCUUCUGCUGCACGAACUUGUCGGCAAGGUCGCCCGGCAAAAACCGGUGUGGAUUUUGCCUUCCGUCGGCGACACGUGUUUGUGGGGGUUCCCAUCAGGACCAGGGGCGUCUGGGCUACAUUUUCAGCCCUUUUGCGAAGACCUGCGGGCUUGCGGUCUAUUUUUAAUUAAUUUUUGAAAGCCGGGGCGCUGGCAAAUGUCGCACGUUGCUUCCUGAGGGAGAGAGAGAAGAGGACUGGGGAGCCCUGGAGUUUGACUUCGGGGUGUCCCCCUGGAGAGUCCCCCGGGUCUCAUCCCAAGGGGGAUCGGUAAAGGACCCCCGCGGCGGUGUUUUCAGACUCUUUUGGGGGCUCUGCAGAUUUUUUAAAUAUUUUUAAAUAUUUUUUGAAAAGAUGACGUCUGGGGAAAAAGGCUUGCAGCUGCCUCACUGGACGCCACCUUUGUGUCUCGACGAAAGCGGGGGUCGGCAGCUCCCAAGUCAGGGGGAGCCAAUAGGGGGCAUCUAGGCCGUGGCCCCCAACGGGUUGAAACCCCCUUCCCCAAUUUUUUUUUGCGGGGGCGUUUGCCGUUCAAUAGGGCCCCCCCAAAAAGCUCCAAUAUUCUUUUCUUUUUUCUUCCCCGAACGCCGACCACGUUUUUGAAAGCCACAUUUUGCUCAACUUGCGACUUUCUCUUUCAUUUCUUCUCUUGCACUGUUUCGUCGGUUUAUUUGUUUUUAUUCGAGGAAAUUCACUUAAUUUGUUUUGUUUUUUCCCCUUCACCACCUCAUAGCCACUGAAAGCAAGUUGGUUGCCAGAAGGCAUGGGGAACUCCUUGAGGUUUUUUAAUUUUACUUUUUAAAGUGCUAGUUUCAACAGGCUUUCUUUCCCCUGCAGGUUUGUGAGGAGCAGAAAUGUGAAGAGGAGGUUUUCCCCUUGGCUAUGAACUAUUUGGACCGAUAUCUCUCCUUCGAACCCCUCAAGAAAACCCGCCUGCAACUGCUGGGAGCUACCUGCAUGUUUGUGGCUUCGAAAAUGAAGGAAACCAUUCCUCUAACUGCAGAAAAACUGUGUAUUUACACUGAUAACUCCAUUAGACCCAACGAAUUACUGGUAAUUUCCUAUUUAAUUUCAUCAGGGAAACAAAGCUAUAAACCUCACCAAGGAAAAGAAAUAGAUUUAUAUCCCCAUCAUAACCCACACCUCACAUUUGAGGUUUGAGAACUGUGUCUGGCUUUCCCCGGCUUGCGCUCUUCCCGCGUUAUCCAGACAAACUUCUAGACUGGCUGAAUGGAAAUAACAGAUAUGGCCAAUAUGGUUCUUGAGAUUUCUGAAUGACAAAGCCAGGGGUGCAUAAUAUCCCUUCCACAUUCCUUGUGGGGCGUGAGCCCUAUUGAACUCCGUAGGAUUUAUUUCCAAGUAAACAUGUGUCAAGGAGACAGACUUGCUGAGCUGCAAUCCUAAGCACACUUUUCUUUUUUUUUUUGUGGCGGGGAGUAAACAAAUAUUUUUAGCAACGGUGUAUAAAGACAACCUCUGGACGGCUGCAGCCCAUAUUGUGCAGUAGAAUAACUGAAUGAAAAUUCCCUAAUAUGUUAAACCCUUAUUAUUAACUCACAACGAGGAGAAAUAUAGUAACAAGAUGGGGGAGAGGCGGAAAAAUGGGUGGCUGGCGCCCUCUUGCGGUAGAAACUCAUCCGGCCAGCCGCAUGCCUGGUUAAUGGAGCGCUGGUUCAGAGCAGCUGGGUGGUGGUGGGGCUGGAGUGGGGGGGGGAGGGAGGGAACAGAAUUAUGUAAUUUUCCUGUGGAAAGGCACCUUUCCCGCCUGCUUCUGUUCUCCUCCGGUGGCAUUAUGGCUGCUGCCAUGUUUGGCAAGAGCCCAUUUUUUGCUGGCAAGGCUCGCCCUCCUGCACAAAGCAAGGCACCUAAAGUGAAGCAGACUUCAGGAUACAGUGUUAGGAUAGCUACUCUGCCAACAAACGCUGCAUUUCCAGGUGCUUAUAAAGGGAACUUUGUAAUCACAUUUUUCUCUCUUUCUCUCCUUUCUUCCUCCACCCCCUCCCCCCUUGUAGCAAAUGGAACUGCUUCUGGUGAAUAAGCUGAAAUGGAAUCUGGCUGCCAUGACCCCUCAUGACUUUAUUGAACAUUUUCUAAGUAAAAUGCCUGUGGCUGAGGACAGCAAGCAGAUCAUCCGUAAACACGCCCAGACUUUUGUGGCUCUAUGUGCUACAGGUAUGAGCCUUGCACUCUCCAGAAGGCGUGUUGUGUGUCUGUGUACCCCAGCAAGCACACCCUCCUCCCUUUACCCGCUGCCCAGAAUCCCAUAGGCACACCCUUUAAAACUGGGCACUAAAUUUUCAGCUUAGCUCAUGCACUAAGCAGGUGUCUCCUUUUCCAGAACCCGGAUUACUUUUGCCAAAGGUGAGUCUGCCAGAAAGAGGCAUUUCCUCUCUGUUUCGAGGCUGAAAAUCGCUUUGCGGAGUGUGGUUCAGCCUGGGGGAAAGUGGCUAGAUUAGUUGUCCGUUGCAGAGCGUCGUGCUCUCAGAGGUCUGCCCAAGAGCUUCAGGGCUGGAUGGCCUUGGAAACCUGUUUUUUCCCUCUCUUGUUGUUGCUGUUCUUGCCAUUUUAAAGUCAUUGGGGUGCAGGGUUUGUGUCUGCUUCCUCUGGAACAUUUAGAAUUGAACCUCUUCCCGCCCCUUCCCAAUCCUUAAGUGCUGCUGGCAGAGGGCAGGAGCAAAGACGUAGAAGUGGGCCCAACGUAGAAGUUCUCUGGCCAAGAGCUGAGUCUCUGCUGUCCACACCCUGCUGACCACGUGCUGUGCUGAAGCCAUGUGCGCGCGAAACCGCGGGAGGAGCCAGAGACUAUGACAAAGCUCCAGGAUUUCAUAGAGAGGGGACUGGUUUUUUGUUUCAAGGGCAAUCUUUGUGUGUGUGCGUGCGCAUGCCAGCACUUUUAAGCACUCUUCCCCCGCCCUGCCACUUCCCUUGUUGCCGUUUCAUUUCCUUGAUUCCUUAUUCCAAUCACCCUAUUCCUAUUCCUUACUCCUUUCACCCCCUAAAUGACAAGCAGGAGUCUGAGACUGGAAAUGUGUUCUUGCAUUCCUGAUGUUCAGGUAGCACAGCUGGUGCUUUUUUGCAGCAGGCCAAGUGGGGAAGGGGGGGUGUGAAUAUUAAAAAAGGGAGAGGGAAAUGAGUUUUCCUCCAGUGUGGCAAGAAUGAUUUGGAAAUGGCUAAAGGACAACGAAGCAAAGGUCACCAAUGCUCACGUUCCUUUGAACGGAAGCCUGCAGUGUUGACUCUUGAGGAUCAAACCGGUGUUUUUUGCAUACAUUCCGGGAGUGUUUAUAUUGGUGAAAUGCGAUUUGUCAUUAUCCCAGGUAGGCACGGGACAAUUGAGCUUGAAUAGACUUCUCUGAGCUUGGAAAGUUGAAUUGCACUUAAAAUCCAAGUUGAUGCUUGAGGUUAAAGCCCAGCAGUUUGUGAUGUCACACCUGAGAUGUAUUUGGUGGAAAGAUCCAAGAAAAACAACAAGCAGAUUCCCCCCCCCCCCACCUCCCCUUGUUGGUUUUAAACAGGCCCUCCUACUGCAGGGGUUGGUUUAGAGAGGUAGCCGCAGACUCUCCAAAGAGAAAUAUGUAAAUAUUGUAAAUAUUUUUCAAUCUCGCCUUUCAUCCUGAGCCUAACUGUAGCACUGUAUGCAGCUCAGGGUUUUCUAGAAAAUGCAUUCCUCACCAUGCUCUUUAAAAACAUUAGGGCAUUUAUUUGUUUUUUUAAAAAUAGUUUUUAGUCUUAAGCACAGUUACCUGGGAGUAAGCACCACUGAAUCCACUGAGACUUGCCGCUGAGUAGACAUGAACAGGAGUGCUCUGUAAAAAGAAUCAAGUUUUGGGAUAUAAAAUAGAUUUGUUUAGAGCAAGCUGGCAAGUCCCAAUGGUGAGACAAGCCUUGUAACCACAGAGUGGGUUUUCGAGCCUGUUUGUUUGUUUGCUUCUUACCCCCAAACAGCGUCCUCUUUUGGAUAUGGGGAUGUUUAACCUGGGUUAUUGCGCUGGCAGCAGCAGUUCCGCAGUGAUGAAAACAAGAAUAGUUCAAAGGUCGGAGGCUUGCAAAGAGCCAAGGUCUUUGAUCUGCUGUCAGUGUUGUUACGUUUCUGGUUUAGAAGGCACGUCUAGAGGCCUAUCUUAAACAUUGUUCUAAAUGCCAUACGUAGAACCGGAAAAUGAAUUGGUGAAUGCAAACCUUGUCCAGAAAAAUGUUCUAUGCAGGCUUUUAAAAGAAGUGUAUGGAGGUCAACAAGGGAACCCCCAAUCCUAAUGAAGUCAGUGGGAAUUUUGCCUAAGUAAACAGUGUUUAAUAGGGUUUUAUGUUGGCGAAUUUAUCCUUAACAGCCACAUUUUAGAAAGAAAGAAAGAAAAUUAAUUGAGGGCUGCUGAGACAGAGAUCAGGAAAUGGAUGCAUGGCCUUUCUACAGAUAGGAUUGGUUUUUACUGUUUCCUCAUUCUGCUAUUCUAAUUUGCCAAGCUCCCAUCUGGAUGAGUUACAAACCCUGUUUUAUUAACUACUGCUGAGGCUUCAUCCAAAAUCCCAUUGAAUUAAAGGUCCAUUUGGCCAUUAGAGCACGGCUUCCACUUCAUGCAGAAUAAAAGGGGAAGGUUCCUAGAGGACUUUGCAAUAGAACUACUUACUUUUAAACAGUGGGCGAAAAAGUUUAAAUGAGGUGAAGGCAGGGUAAAACAAAUGUUUGAGGAUUUCUAGAAGUGUGGUUUUGUUCUAGAUAUAAAGAAGAUUACAAGCAAAGGUGAUGCUAAAAGGAAUUCCCUUUUAUGUUCCUCCUUCAGCUCUCUGUCUAACCAGACUGGAUUUGCCUUGUAAUUUCUCUCUCUUUCACAUGUGUGUGUGUUGUUUUGUUUUGUUUUGAAUAUGUUUUCUCCAAAGACUCCUUUUGUGUGGUGGGAGGCUUGGGACGGAAGAAGAAGAAGGGGGGAAAAUUACCACGAGUUGUUUAGCCUAAUGAAUAGGGCCCUGGCAUGGCCAAGGAAGGCACAGAUCACACAAAUGAAGUGAGCUUCAUUGAUCCAAGCUGAGACCACUGCUUAGGGAAAAGGCCCUGCUCUAAACAAGCAGAACGAUUAAUUGGGACAAAUAUUGGGAGAUUUGGGGUUUCAUUCUGUUCCUCCGGCUGUCUAAACAUAAUUGGGUCUGCCACUGCUGCUCUGCCCCCCCCCCCAUCACUUUUCUUCCGCGGAGGAUUAUUAUCAUUAUUUAAUGUGAUUUUGCUGGAGAAAAGCCCUCCCUUUGAAAUGCGUUUGCCACAAUUCGCCUAUUCUGCGAGCCUUUCUAAAAUUGGAAGUCUCAAGGUAUGCGACCAGUUGAAACCUGUUGCAUCUCGCAGCCAGUGAUUUAUGUUCGGAGUUUUGAUUUGCCUCAAUGAAAAGAUUUUCAUUCAUAGCCCCCAGCUCUCCAGACGGAUGGAAUUGCUGCUCCAUUUAAAAAGGAAAAGGGGGUGACUUGCCUUGUUAGGAAUUUUUUUUUUUUUUUAAAGCGCUACAGCGCCUAGAUGCCUGCUUUGUCCUCCCUUCAGGGUGGCUGGCAUUCUUCUCUCUCCUCUUUCCUCCCCCCCUCCUCUCCUUUUAACAACACUGAAGUUGUUUAUUCUUUUUGGAUGAAGUCUCAGAUAGGCUACUGGGGAUGUGUGCUUCAAUUGAGGGGCCCCCUUCCCCAUUGUAGCUGUGUCAGGUCUAAUUCAUCUCACCGAAGCCCCCUUGUUCCUGAGCGCUCAAUAGCGCAAGAUGAGGCAAUGGAGGCUGACAAUGAUGCCACACUCUUCCCUUGGGAGCAUCCAAUUACAGCCGAGAGGGGCCCCCUGAUUAAUAUGCUGAAAUUAGUGGUCUCUGCCACAAAUAAUUCCUUGUUGUGUCGCAACAAAAAGUCUGUCCAUGCCGCUUGUCUAGAGUGGUUAUAGGGACAGGCACAAACCGGUCAUUUAAACUUCAUUAUUGCUUUUCCACCUUGGGAAGAAAGAGGGUGUGACUAGGAAUUCCUCUUCCUUUUUCUCUCGCCACUUUAAAAGGAAGUACUUUGUGCAUUCCCAAACUUGCUACUCUUUGAAUGAUCUCAUGAUCACUUUGCCCAUUUUAGAGUUGGGGUUUUGGUUUGCUUUUGUUUUAAAGGUGGGGCCUUCAUUCCAAAUUGGAAAAAAGCAAAGUUUCCAAAAUUGGAAAAAGAAUCGAAUCUGGGUGAUGUAGAAGUCAGAAUGCCAGAUAAGGGUGGUCAUUUCUGUGCUUCUUCAAAACCCUUUACAAGCUGUGCAGCAGUUAAUUGGUUUGAUGUGUAUUCAUCCAGUGGGGCUGAAGUUGAAAAUUUAUUGAUGCCUAGGCACAGGCCUUUGUAAAAUGAAAAGUAGGAAGGUAAUCUCAGGCAACAUGGCAUAGUGUUUAAAUAGCAAUACAUAUAGUCCAUGUCUUAGGGGAUCAUUUAAGAGUUGAGGCUUUGAGCAUUUAAAUGUGUGUUGCUCUGCACCGCAGUGUGCAAAUACUCCUGAAUUGUGAGUUCCCUCAACAACAAACCUGAGACUGUGUCUCAUAAUCUACCAACUGAGCCAUCUCUCAUCUCCCAAUAUUUUAAAUAGGGCAUAUUGCCCUAUUGUCAACAUUUUAAAUUGUAAUAAGGUGCCAAUAUUGGGUAGGGAUACUCACAGUAGCCCUAUUGAACUUAAGGGACAUGAUAAACUAAGGUAUUUUCAAUGGAUCUACUCUUAGUAAGACUUAAUUGAAUGCAAGCCAUUACAUUUAACAAGGAAUGCGAAAGAAAUGAUUUUUGCAUAGUCCUGGAGGUGAUUUUGCUGAUAAAAUAUUCUCACACUGAUUUUCCUGAAGAGCAGCUGCAAAUCACAAUUUAAAAUAUUUACGAUUUUAAGAAAGUGUUCAGCACAGUGGACUAUUGGAAGGGAAAUUGCAAUUCUAUAGAUUGUUUGGGGUUUGUAGGUGAGCAGAUGGAUUGCCUCCAAGCUGCUGGGAGCGUUUCCUAAGUUGAUGUACAUAGGUUGGCAUUUUCUGCUUUCAUCCUUACAAUCAGAUAUUGAAACAUGUUCCCCCUCUCUUAAUUCCUGGUCAUGGUCAAACGAAGGCAUGAAUCAAACAUGCCUGCUUAGAAGGAGCCUUAGCCUCAAAAUGUAAAUGAUUGCUUUUUUGUUGCUGUAACAUUCUCUAGGGCAGCUAUAGGCCAAGCAAUCAUGGGAGUGGCUUUGCCGCAAGACCUACAGCAAUGCAGUUUGGAAGUGGGCCCGGGCUCUUGUCAGCGUGGUGUCAUAUCAGAAUGUAGCUUAUUGUCUGCCGGUUCUUAGGACCCCCUUACACUAAGUCCCCAUUGCCCGGAUGGAAGGCAGUCGCAGAUAAGGGAAGGUUGAAGCAAAACAUUUGCCGGAGGAAGUGCCCAUUUACAUCCGAUUUCUCUAUUUCACUGUAGUGGUGAAGUUCUUGUAUAUGUGGGGUUCAAGUUUCCACCUUUAUUAGAAAGAGUACAAUUUUUGGUCGGCGUAUGUGGUCAGAAGUAUGUUUAAUGGAGGAUUGGAACCUUGAACUGCAGUCCCACUCACUUCAGAGUUAAUCUCAUUGGACUCAGCAGUGCUUUUAAAAAGUACUAUACAUUUGGGCUGUUGGAUGCUGUUCUGCGUAGAUUGAUUAUAUGAAACCACUUGGACAGAAAAUUAGAAAACCCUCUAAAUGUGCUCUCUCUGAACAGUGUUGAAACCAGGAUUCUAUUCUAGUUUUAAAAAUUAUUUGGGGGGGGGAUUCUAUACUGGCUUUGCUUGCAAGCUCAUGGUCUGAUGACGAGUGCGUUCUUUUAGCUGCUGGAGACUGAACCAUCCUGAAAAACAAUAGAAUGCAAGGUGGUGGUCCAGUUUCAAAGGAGUUGCUACAGCCUUUGGUGCAAUAAAGUACCACAAAGCUCUAAAUCUAUGCAGCUACAUGGGAUUUGAAGAGGAGCUCUGAUGGAUUAGGCCAAAGGCCAAUUUAGUCCAUCAGCAUGUUCUCACAGUGGCUGACCAUAUGUCUAUGGGAGGCUUGCAAGCAGAACAUGGAUGCUACUACGAACACAUCUCGUUGAAGGAAAUGAUUGUGUGGGUGAAUUUAUAUGCAGGUUGAUUUUCAUGGGACUGUUCACAGAGAUGGGCCAAAAAAUGUUCCAAGAGAUGCUGUAAGAAAAGCAGUAAGCCUAGAUGCAUAUGUUCACAUGGACACGCUUUGCCCAUUGGAAACCUUUGUGCACUGGGUCAGCCGCCUUAUUUGCACCCGUGAGCGUAGGGUGGUAUGUAUAUGCAAGCUCACUUCUAUUUCUUUGUUUUCCCCCCAACAGAUGUUAAAUUUAUUUCAAAUCCACCUUCCAUGAUUGCAGCUGGUAGUGUGGUAGCUGCUGUGCAAGGCCUUCACCUUGGAAACACCAACGCUUUCCUCUCUUACCAAUGCCUCACACAUUUCCUCUCGAAAGUCAUCAAAUGUGACCCGGUAAGUGAUGCUUGAUCCGUACUCCUGGUGCCUCCUGGUUGGGGGGGCAUCUAGUCUGUUUGUGGGCCUCAAAUCAAAGCAAGGCUCAAAAGUUGCUUCACAUCUGUCACCUUCUUCAUCUUCACUGAUUUAUUGUCUACAUUAGUACCCAAAAGUCUCCUUUAUGUAUUGUGUGGGCUGAAUGCUACCACUAGUUCCAAGCCUUUCAAUGAAGAAAUACCAAGAAAGCAAAAGAGAAACUCUUAAUUUAAGAGGACAAGUUCAGAGGCUGUAUUGAUCUAUAGAUAAUUAAAUCGUGUGGACAAGUGCGCUUAAAAGUAAGUCAAGGAACUAGUGAUUGCAGUGAACAGAGCUUUCUCUUUUUUAACGACUCCUGAGAUUCUUUAUAUUGCUAAAAGAUGUGUGGGGAAAAUGUUAACAGAAUUUUGAUGGUUUACAACAAGGUAGACCUGCACAGUAGAUCAUACUGAAUUCCAAGCCCUCCCCAUCCCAGCUGUUUUUUGUUUUUGUUUUUUAAGUGCCCCAUUAUUUCAUGAAAAGGUAGAUGGUCCUCAUAGGACUCUUCUUUUUGCCCCGCAGCUUCCUGGAGAUGCUCAUCAGUAACUAGUGAGCAAUAAACGUUUCAUGAAUGAAUGGGCAGGAAGGGAGCCUACAAGGAAGACCUAAAGUCAAUGAUCCAUGCCCUAAUGGUGUGUGAAGUUGGGGCAGAGUUUAGCUUUGUGCUGGAACAAUGUGAAAGCCCAAUAAAAAGAUGCUUGGAAAAAGGUUCUUGUGAGGUCUCCAAGCACCAACAAUGAGUCAAAUAAAGUCAGCCCUGAGGCUUGCAACCAAAUCUUGGAGGCAUGGCUAAAACAUUCCUUGUUUCAUACGUCCAUAAAUAUAUAGAAAAUAUAAGAGUGCAGAAUCGAGAGCUGCCGCAAUUACAAUGAGGUUCCUUAGCAUCCUGAGACUUCAUAAUGAAUGGAAUGUUGUGGUACUUUGAUUGCAAAUGCUUGCUUCACUGCUGCAUUAUACAUGGGUUCAUGAUGUUAUUUUUUAUUUGGCUUUCAAGCUGCCAAAGUUUUGGCUGUAGGCAGUCUUUUUUCAGGAUUGGAUGUGCUCAGUCAGUGCAAGCAACAUAGAUGCCUGCGCUGAUCCAUCAUCUGCCUGCAUAGCAAAAGAGAGAGAAUAGCGAAGACACUUUGAGAAAAGCAUCCUGCAGAAGCAAUAUUGGCACUAGGUUCUUUUAAAUCACAUCCUGCCUACUUUUGAUUUGAUGCCAGAUUAGGAGCUAAAGAAAGCACCACAGAGCUGUGUCUUGUUUUGUAGAAAGAACGCUUCAUUGAAGGCAGUGCUAACUUACAUUUAGUGUCAGGGUUGCAGGAUGCAGUUUACCUGAGCCUGAUCUACUCUCCUCAUUUUUCAUGAAGCCUUUGCAGAGCUCGCAAAUGAUCCCCCCGUUGUCUUGAAUGAAGGAUGUGUUUUGUGGUAGUGCUAGGUGGAUUGAGUCACCUUGUCAUGCUCAAAACUGGUUGAUUUCAGUGGCACAACUUCAGCUUGAAGACUGUACCUGAAGCGCUUCAGUGGCACCAGGUCUAAAUUCACUCCUUAUGUCUUGGCUUCAUUUCAAAUGUUGAAACAAAGUGGUGUCAGCCUUAUACAGAUGUUGAACUUACAAAUAAGUAGAACAUGUGAACAAGGAGAGCAGGGAUGUGCACACUUGCUCUACCCUUUCCCAGUUGCUCUCUACGAGUUUUGAGGGUGGCUGUCAAGACAUGAAAAUCAGCAUUGUAGAACUUUGAUUUUCCAGGAUAUACAUUGCUUAGGGGGUGUGCCUAGGAAGAGCAGGGUCUCUACUGCAGCCUGUUGACCUCAAACUCUUGAAGCCCAAUGGGAGUUAGAGUUAGUGCCCUUGCCUCUGCUGUCUUUCAACUUGUGUGGUAAACUUAAGUUGGCUUUAAUACCUGAAUUGCAAUCUUGUCUACCUAUGGACCAUGUAGGUUCUCCACUGUACUUUGCCUCUGUCCAGUGCAAUACAUUUGACUUAGGGGUUCCGCAGCAGUUAAAUGACCUGCUAUCCUGCGCUGAUCGUGAUUUUAAAGGAAAUUAUAUUUAAGCAUAUUUUCAUGCAUAAGAUGGAACUGGAGUCUAUUGCAUUGUGGUCUUCUGAAUCAUGUGAAACAAUACAUUCUUAUGUGGUUUGGUCAAUAUCUGAGCUUUUCUCAGAAAGAGGGAUUUUUAUAAUUGAAAACAAUGGUUUGGAUCCAAAGGUCCUCUUCUGAAGGAGUGUUUUACACAUCACACUGGAGUGUUACACAGGAAACAGGGGAGCGGGUGGUGCUGUGGUCUAAACCACUGAGCCUCUUGGGCUUGCCAAUUGGAAGGUUGGUGGUUCAAAUCCGGACGACAGGGUGAGCUCCCAUUUCUCUGUCCCAGCUUCUGCCAACCUAGCAAUUUGAAAGCACACCAGUGCAAGUAGAUAAAUAGGUACCACUGCAUUGGGAAGGUAAACGGCAUUUCUGUGCACUCUCUGGCUUCUGUCACGGUGUUGUGUUGUGCCAGAAGCGGUUUAGUCAUGCUGGCCACAUGACCCGGAAAGCUGUCUGUGAACAAAUGCCAGCCCAGCUCCCUUGACCUGAAGCGAGAUGGGCACUGUACCCCAUAGUCACCUUUGACUGGAUUUAACCAUCCAGGGGUCCUUUACCUUUUUACCUUACACAGGAAAUAUAAAACCUAAGAUGUUUGGUUACUUGCCGAAUCUCUAUGGAGCCUAGUACCUACAGCACGGUGCAGUUCUUUCUGUUAGCACUUGUCUAAGCCCUUGGGAAUAGCAUUCACAGCUGCUUUCCAAAGAUUUUCUGUUCUUUGGAUUCAACCCACCAGUGUCUUUCAAAAGAGCUAUGAUCCAGAGAACUCUGAUCAGUAUGCACUGGGACUCAAUUUUCCUGACCACAGAAAGGAGGUGAACCUCAAAAGGUGCUAGAGAAAAUGGUUUGUGGUUUGUUUAUUUACAGAAGCACUCAGUUUCUUGCCUCAUGCAUUUUGAGUUACUAUGUUCAUCAUUAGACACAGCUACAGACAAGAGUGUGAUUCAAGCAAUUCUGUUAUAAAAUUUGGCACAUGAGCGUUAUGUAGAAACACAUUCUUAAAAAUCUCUGAGGUUCCAUGGAUAUUCUUUUGUAAAAAGAAAUGGCUUGAUGUGUCUGUACAUAAUUGCAGUUUGCUAAAUUUUAUGUUGUCAUACUUUUGAAUUGUUUUUAGGUGUCUCCAAGAAGGAGUAUGGUGUACUAAAAAUGCAGUGGUCAAAAGAAAAAUGGGGUUAUUCUGUAAAUAAAACAUUUUUAUCAGCUUUUGAAGCUUACCACCCUUUGGCAGUAGGGGCUGAAUGUCAGUGAUGCCUCCCCUUUCCAAGCUCAGUUUUUAUCUAAUAGCAGCUUCUGAACUGUAGGAACAUGGCAGCCUGCCUUUAACAAAGUUAAACCACUGCUGCAUUGUCUGCACAGGGGACCAGCUAACUUGUGGCCUUCCACAGCUACCACCAUUCCUGGCUGAGGCUGAUGGUCCAUAAUCAUCAGAUGGAUGGGAGUUGCAGUCCAAAAAUCAGGAGGGCACAAAAAUCCCAAGUUUUUCUGGGUUGCUUAACAUAGAACUUGCACUUUAUCUUCUACAAGUGCAUGGGUUUUCAUAACGUGUCACACAGUCGUCAACUUUAAAGUUUAAAAACCACAGAGAUCAACAUUUCAUUUCAUUUGAACAUCGUAAAAUAUACUUAAAAUUCUUGGCUGGAAUAGAUGACCUAGAGGAUUAAAAAAAUAAUAAUUUACGGUUAAUUUUUUACUUUUAACCACGAGAAAGUAAAAGCUAAAAUUAAUAGCACCUGACUGAAAUUCCUUUAUGGUUCAUUUUGGUAGGAGUCCAAUUUCCCAUUUUGCUUUUGAUCAGUGGUAAUUAGAAGUCAGAUAGCCACCCUUAGACUCUUGGGCUGUCUUUCAUCGGCUCUGUUCCUGACAUUCAUUUCAAGGCCAGAAAAUUGCUACAUUCAAUUUGUUUUCAAUGCUAUCUGUUAAAUACAUUGGAAUUUGUGUGGCUUCACACUGGGAGCAUCUUGUCUGUAACCACAGUGGACCAGGCAAUAAAUAUUGCAGGAUUCUUAAGUUGUCUCUGUUACUUUUCUUUGAUCUCCAAAUCCCAAACUGACUGACAUACAGCCUGAUCACAGCUUAGUUAUAGUAAAAAGUUAUGUCUUUAUGUUCGUAGAGCACACUCAUUUUCUCACAACUCUCUUUUUUUUUUUUUUUUUAAAUAUUUUUAUUGCAUUUUUUCCACAUAGAAAUACAUUUUCUCACAACUCUCAGGCCUGGUCUGAACAAGCUCUAAGUAAACUUUCCCGAAUCUGAUGCCCUCUAAAGGUUGUUGGACUACAAUUCUCAUAAUCCACAGGUUCCCUGUUUUAAUGUCAUUAUCGAUUGAUGGUGCCAAUAAUUCAAUACUAGGCAGUUGUAGCCCAAUGCAACCAAAUAUAUAUUAGUUUCUAAGGAACAGGAUUCCAAAAAUAUAAUCACAAAGUCAGCACUGCCAGACGUAACUUUAAUUCUACCACCUUUAUUUCUACAGUGCAAAGUGAGAGCUUUUGGCAGAGUUGUUGAGCUUGCCAUACUUUCCAGUGAUUUCCACCCAGACAGUUUCCGACUGCCGUAUUCUGGCUAUGCCCGGGAAAUUAUGGACGUAUGGCAGCCCUACACUUCACGCAAGGCUUUGGAGAAGAUGGGAUGCUGCAUGAGUUUUGCUUGCUAUUUUUGAGAUUCCACAGUGUCUGGCACAUGGUAACUCCCUUGACAUUCAUGUCAAGCAUUGAGAAGGGAAAGCCAGAAACAGCAAGGUUCUAGUUGGUUCCAAAGCUCAAAAUUGAGUUUCAGACAUCAAUACCAACCCUUGAGUUCCCUGCAUCUGCUGAAAGACUUGCCAGUAAUCACUGGGGAGAAAAAGCAGCAUGGAGCUAAAAUUUGCAGGUCCCCUCCAGUGACAACGAAUCUUUUGGUCACAAUCCCUAAAACCAUAUGUGCUAUGCACCCAGUUUUGUUUGUUCUUACAAAUCUUGUGAGUGUCUAGUCACCCUCUAGCAAGCUUGAUGAGCUUCAGCAUUCCUCCAGCCCAAAUCCUGGGAAGAUGUUGGGGUAUCAGCUCCACAAUUGGACUGCACUUUGGAAACUCAGCAUGACAAGAGCAGGCCCCAGCUGGCCUUUGGAGCUGGAGAAGGGAGUAGGGAUUCCACUAUGGAAUUUGCUCCUACAAGAAGCAGGGGUGGCCAUCAACUCGGAUGGCUUUAGAAGACAUAUUUAUGGAGGAGAAAGCUAUCAGCAGCGACUAUCCCUGAUGGCUGUGUUCUACCACCACUGACUGAGGCAGUAUGCUUUUAGGACGGGGGAAUGUUGCUGUGCUCAGGUAUCUGCUUGUUUCCCACAGGCUUCUAGUUGGCCACUUUGAAAACAGGAUGCUAAGCAAGGUGGGCCACUGGCCUAAUCCAGGAGAUCCUUCUUAUGAUCAUUCCAACAUUGCACUUUGCUUCAAAGGCAUCUUCUGGUGGGCAUGUGUUUGUGUGUGUGUGGUGGUUUCCAAAUCCAAGAGCAGAACUGGGGGCUACAUUACACUGUGUUUUCAAGUAUCUUCACAACUUGAGUCCCCGUCAGGGAAAAGGGCAAAGGAUAAAUAAAUAACAGUAGUAGUGAUGAUGACUGCCGAGACCAUUGUGUUCCUUACCUCCAAGCUUAGAAGAAGAGUUUGGGGAUAGUCUCUGUCAACACCGUAGUUCUAAGAUGCGACUGCCAUAUUGGAAGUGUGUGACAGAAAUGAACUGCAUGCUUACUGUGCAUAGAGAUGGGACGGGGCUGAGGAUUGUCCCUGAUGUCAUGCUAAGUUUUGGAAACUACAGCAUGAAUUUAGGGGUAAGACCUGUGCCCCCUUGGAGCAGCUGGAAUUUGUGGACGCCAGAGGUCUUGCUUUGUUUAGAACUCUGACCACGUCUAUAGGUUUGAUAAUGCUUUCUCAGUUGUUAAUUUUUUUUUUUGUGUGUGUGUGUGUAUGUGAAUAUGAGUUCCUCUUAAGUGUUAUAGGUAAGCCUUCCCCAACCUUGCGCCCUGCAGGUGUUUUGGACUACAGCUUCCACCAAUUCCAUCCAGCACAGCCCUACAGACUGGGGCUGAUGCGAGUUGGUGUUCAAAACACCUGGAUCUCACUAGGUUGGGAACAACUCCCGAUAGGUGGAAUUGGUCUGGCCACUCAGCUUAACAGAGUCCCAACAGGGGACCUUCAAGUGAUGAGUGUAUCACAUGUGGCAUUUGAAUAUGAGAAAAAUAUGAUAUACUUUCAUUCAAUAUGGAGUUGUUGACUAUACUGUUCAGUUAUGGUUGAAUCAAACUCACAACUUUCCCCAAACUUUCUGAAAGUGAUAGAAUUUGUUUUUAAAAUCCUUGUGAAAAUGCCUAUAUAUUUCUUUUUAUAUUUCUUAUUUGGGUUAAAUAAGAAUGUGUGAGAUCAGAGUAGGUAUGGAAACACCAUAUUCGUAUCUAUUAAGAAAAGCCAGCGCUGUGUAGGGUGCCUAUGGCAUAAUUGCUUUAGGAUAUAGGGUGUUUCUUUUUGCAAUUUAAAAUACUGUCUCUCUGUCAAGAGGAAAUAUUACACUAGAGUUUAAACCAGUAAAGGUCAAAGGUUAUUUGUUUUCAGUGAGCUGUAACUGAUGGUCUGAUCUGCUUAGAGGUAGGAUUAACCUCCCUCUCUCUCAGAAGAGGCUUGCAGAGAAUUGUUUGCUUGGGUUUUUAAUCUUAUUUUACCCCCCAAAUGCCAUGUGGUAGAGAAGGUUCUUGUGGCAGCGGAAUCAGUGAAAAGCUGGUAGGUCACACAAGAAGCUUCUGAAUGAAGGCAGAAUUGAAACAGGAAAAUAAAGAAAACAGCAGGCAGGUCACCAUCUCAGGAAAACAACAUUCAUUCUCAGUCAUGCACAUCCUAACACUUUUGACGGCAAUUUAUCAUGGAAGACUGGGUUCACCGCAAGGGCUAGCACAUGUCAUAGGUUAAAUCAGAAAAGGCAAUCCCAAAAGGAAACUUCAAAGUUCUUAAUACACAGAGUUAAACAUAUUGAAAAAAGCUUCUGCGAUGUUUGUUAGAAAGACAGGAGUAAACAGUGAGCCAAAGGAAUUUCGGCAGACUGCUGUGGGAUUGUUUGUUUUGCCUAUUUAAAGCACUUGGCACUGAAGAAGGUAUCCCACCAACAAACAGGGAUGCAUGUGCUGGUGAUCAACCAGGUCUCAUUCCAGUCUUAAUUCCUAGUUGGCAUGGCUGAUCCUUUUGGGACCAAUUCCAGAAAAGUAGCCAUGUUAGUUUGUUGCAGAAACAACAAGGAAGAGACCUUUGGCACCCAAAGUUCAUGCCGCGUUCAAUUUGUUACUCUUCUUAAGAUGUCAAAACUCUCCUUUUUGCUGUUCUUAUUCUGUUUAAACAUUUCCAAAUCUCCUAAAAUAUCCUAUCUCAAUGCAUUUUCCUUUCAGACAGUGUGGAUGAGUACUAAGUGGUCGCCAUAUAAAAUACAAUAAAGGGGCUCUGGGUAGUAUUUUCAAAAUAGAAAAGUAUGCCAUAUUGUCAGAGUAUGUUAAGUUCGUUGAGCUGUGUUUACACUGCCGACAUUCAACAAAAUAGCUUGGUUCAUCAGCUAUGAUGUACUCUUUAAAGCCCUUCCUGUAGUUAGACAUCAAUGAAUGCUUACCAUUUAACUACUGGCAACCCCCCCCCCCCCACAACCCUAUAUGUUAAUAGUUUUCUAUACAUUCUGAUCUGUUGCAUACAUGAAAUGGCCUAGUUCAUGUUGUAUAUAUGAAAUCCAUAGUCUUCAGCCAUUUCAGACCAGAAACCCACCUAUAAUCCAAACAUGGAUUUAUUAAUUUUUUACUAUCUGUUUGCUUCUGCUACUUUAGAUCAAGCUAUACUCUGGUACUCUGUCCCGACCCAUCAGUUGAAAACCAAUGGUAUAUAUUAUAAUAGCCAUUUAAUGGGAAACUAAAGAUGGCUCUGGGCUUCAUGCGGAAUUAUUUAAUAUGCUUAGCGUCACACUAAGAUUUCACUUCAGAAUACAUUUGCCUGAAAAAGCCUAUAUCUGCAACGAGCAUUUAAGGCUGGCUCACACAGCAAAUAUGGACAGUGAUUCAAAGUUCAGGUUCUCAGAUUUGUUUAUUGACUGGGUUGCGCACUACGGGGGCGGGGGGGGGGGAGUGGUCCUUCAAACAUUGCUGGACUAUAAUUCCCAUCAUCUCUAGCCAUGAGCAAUGCUGGUGAGGCUGAUGGGAACUGGAGUCCCAACAGUUCCCUAUGGCCUGGAGGGCUACGAAUUUCCCACCCCUACUCCACAGGAAGGCUUCUUUACUCAUUUAGUUGUAAGUGCAAAGGAGCUACUUCCUUUGAACUGGCUGGAGAAGCCCAGAUCAGAGUGCCUUCGAAAAGAAAGACACAGCCUCAAAACCCAGCUGGUGAAUCUUCCAGUGGUUACUUCAUAGCUGUUGAUGAUACUUCUGUCCUGUAAGGAGACCUAGAGAAGAUGCUCCAGUGGUCUGCUUGCUUACUGGCUUUUCUGUUGAGAAUAAUAGCUGUGGACCGUUUAGAUUAAUUAGUGGUGACCUUUUAUUGAAAUGAACACUCGCACCCUCUGCCUUGGGUGAUACUUGCGUCUUCAGCCUUGGGUGACUUGGAAGUUAUAUGUGCAUUCCGCAACUGGCAACCAGCCUUUUGCGAGGAAUUGGAGACAUCUGGGUGCCACGUUUGGCACUUAGUAUCUCUUAACUGGCUGGCACGGCUGCGAUGCCGUCAGCUGUUAUGUGGGGCACCACAGGGUUAAAAAAUGCAUGGCUUUUGGUGCUGCAGGGCCCAGCGAUUCACCUAGCUUGCGCCGCACCAAAAGGAGCACACAUAUCAGGCACGCCCAAAACAGUUGCUACCUGUAUUCAUUAUUUCAAUAUUUUGUGUGAAUUGAAUUGUUGGUUGUUGGCUGCUUUGGGCUUUCCUUGGGGAGGAAAAGCAGGAUACAAGGAAUAAAGGAAAUAAUAACAAAGUGUGAACAUCAGGGGCCAGGGUCACCAGGCAUUCUCCUGUUUCUUCUACCUACCUCCAAAUUCAUAUCUACACAUGCAUUGGGCUUUUGAGUUGGAGAGCACAGUGGUGGCCACUUCUGAAUUAUUAUGGCUUACUUAUGACUUACACUUUUCCAUUUGUUUAUAUGCUUUCUAGGGAUAAGCUGUUUGGCUGUGCACACUUCUCUCUGUUUUGCUAAAGAGUUUUCCCCUUCUCUUUCGCAGGAUUGUUUACGAGCCUGCCAAGAACAGAUUGAAUCCCUCCUUGAAUCUAGUCUACGCCAGGCACAGCAACACAACAUAUCUUCAGAAACAAAGACUGUUGAAGAUGAAGCUGAUCUUUCCUGCACACCCACUGAUGUUAGAGAUGUGAAUAUUUAAGGAGGACUUCUGCAGUUGGGUUUGCUUGGCAGUACCAGCAAACAACAAAAGGGCAUCUGAGAAGGAAGUGGAAUCAGGAUCUACUCCCCCCCCCGCCCCUCCCUCCCCCCACCCAGGAAAACCUUUUCUCCAGGACUUUUUAUACCAGAAGGGAAAAUGUCAUUCAUUCUUUUCUUCGCUAUUCCUUCCUACCCUUUGUGACUCUUAACAGACAACCCCCCUUCACUCUCAACCGUCUUAAAAAGAAAAAAAAAAUAGUAUUUGCAUGAUCUCCAGGGGUUUGUGCUACAAAAAUAGAAGAUUUUAUACAAUAAUAAUCAAUUAGUUUUUUAUAUAUUAAAGUGUUUUUGUCUUUAUGUUGUAAAAAUAGGCAUUAACACACACACACACACACACACACACACACACACACAGUCUCUCCAGGGGAGGUAUUAGAUUUGAUUCUUGCAUAUUAAAAAGCCAACCAUUUUUAAAGUAGAAGAGGGUGUGUUUUUUUAGAUAGGUUAUAUGUGUUUUGGGUGUGUGUUUUUUUCCUUUAAAAAGCAUAGCUUUAAUGCAGUUCUAGGCUUUUCUGUAUCUUGCUUGCUUAUGCAUUUAGUCACUUUAUAAUUCAUCUGUAAAUGUUUAUUUUAUCCCCUUAGGUUUUUAUCCUCUUCACCUUAUAAAUGGUUUUAAUGUAACCUUUACGUUAGUAUAUGUUAGCAAUCAGCAUUAUUAUAUGUUAAUCUUCUGUGCCUGUGGAUUACCUGUGUGUAAGGCUUCUAGGGGUUCCAGCUUAGCAUGGCCAGGAAAAGAUCCGACAUUCUGUUCCAACAUUAAAGAGAAGUUUCAAUAGCUAUAUAAUAUAUUUUUGUAACCUUCCUAUUUUUGUAGUGUACAAAAACGUGCUGGUUUUCACCCAAACGAUACACAGCCUAAUUAUAUCCAGGUUGAAUCCACAGUUUUAUCUUCUUUUUUAUUAUUAUUAUUGUUUUAAAACCAUUCCAUUUCAAAGCACUUUCAGUUCAUUAGGUAUAGGAAAUACUUUCUUUUUGUGUGUGUGGGAAUUUUUUUUUUCUUCAAAUGGAAUGGUUUGGAAAUUAUAUAUAUAAAUAUAUAAAUAUAUAUAUAAAGUGCUUGUGUGCAAACUCAGAAUUGCAAAGCAAGUGCAUUUAACUAUGGUGUGAGGAAAGGUGGGGUUGUUGUUUUUUCCUGAAGGGUUGUGUUCCAGUCAGAGAAAUUGCAUUCACAAAAUUGCCAGGAUAUCUUCCUAACCUUUUCAAUAGAAGAGAUGUUUAGAAAUCUUUUGGUGCCAAUUCAUUUUUUAAAAAAAAUAUAAAUUUAGGGGCCUGAAAGGUUUACCUAUAGGACACAUAUUUUGAGAAUUGUCUCUAGAUGUUGUACAACUGAAGGCUAUUAAACACUAAAAUAUAUAAUUUAUAGUUAAGGCUAAAAAGAAUAUUUAUUGCAGAGGAUGUUCAGAAGGCCAGUAUAAUUUGUAAAAUAAAUCACCCCCUUGAUUCUGAGAAAACAAAAAGAUCUUUCUGCCCUUGAUGUUGCAGUUUUAACUCAUCUUACUAAGAAAUGAGGACGUGUCAAGAUAGUACUACAUUCGGCCCAGAUGAUUCCAAAAUAACCACAAGAAAGCACCAUAGUUAAAAGUGUAGAAUUGGUCUACUUGAAAAGAAAAGAAAAGUUCUUAAUCCAGUGUAUUUCCCCUCCUUUUUUUUAAUUUAGCUACAAAUAGAAAAUUUGCACAUCUUGGCUAUGUAUCUUUUUUAUUAUUAUUGUAGAAAGUAGCUGAAGGGACGUGGACAUAGCUGUUGAAGUUGAUGCUUGAGGAGAAUGUGAUGGCAAAAUGUAUGUGAGAAACUGCCGCUAAGGUGUUGAUUGUAAAAAACAAAAAAAAAAGUUUUAAAAAGGAAAAAAAAAGGAGCGGACGCUCCCAUUUUUUUUUAUUGAGCUGCUAUGGAUAAAUUCCCAGCAUGAAUUGAAAAGAAAAAUUAACAUUGCUUUUCUGUAUCUUUGUCAUUGUGUUUUGCUGCUAUUUUGUGGUUGUUGUUUUUUGUUUUUUUGGUUUUUUUUUUGGUUAUACAAUGUCAUAUACUGCCAUGUUAUAGGUUUUAAAUUUUCUCAUAGAAAAUUAUAUUAUUGACAUUUUUUGGUAGAUUUUUUUUUUAUGUGAUCAAUUUUUACUUAAUGUGAUUUACUGCUCUAUUCCAAAAAAGGUUCCUGCUUCACAAUACCUCAUCCUUCAGUUAACCGUGUUUAGAUCAGGUUUUAAUGUUCGUUCACAAUGCCUCAUAGUUCUACUGCAAGCUGAAAUGCAUUGGACAUUAUUCUGAAUGGGUCUCGCGAUUUGCAACUAGUUUGUGCUAAUGUUAAAACAGCAGACAUUUCAGAAGAUCGAGUAAUGUCAGGUUCUUUUGGUUAUGUUUUUUGUUUUGUUUUGUUUUUUAUAAAGUGGAUUCUUUUUUUUCUGAUCUGGGGUUUAUUAUCAUAGUAGUUUUUAAGCUGUGUUAUUAGCCACAUUUGAUAUAUGAAAGGUGCAUUAUAAUAUAACUCUUAUAUGCCCGAUGCUUUCCAUCACUGGGGAAUCAUCAUGCGGUAUGAUAGGUUAUCUUCUGGAAUUUAAGUAUUGUGUGUGUUUAAUCUGUUAUGAUAUAUUAGGGUUUUUGUUGAUGUUAAUUAUAGCAUAAUGCUAAUUUAAAAAAAAAAAUACAAACAACAACCUGUAAAUCUCAUUAAGUAAGCCAGCUAACAGAGUUGUAUGGUGAAGAAUAAUCUAGUUGCCUGUAUGCUGCUAAACCAAAACAGAAUUAGAACUUCAUUUUUGAGGGCAAACGCAGUUAAGAUCCUACCUAAGCUUAUUCAAAUGGAAAAGGACAGCAGGCUUGUAAGGCUUCUAGCAUUCGCAGGACCCACGAGGACUGGAUUCAUUCUGUCCAAAUUUCAGGAACAUUUCUUACUGCUUACCUCAUAGACAUUUCUGUUUGUGGCAUCUCUGUGUCUCUGAACCAAACAAGAUUAUUGAGUUAGUGGUUGUUGGUUAUAUUAUGUGUUGCUCACUGAGAAGCGGCAGCGUGUACUGCAAAAUUUUAAGUAUUGUAUGUACUAAAAGGCCAAAUGCUGUUAAGCGGGUUCACGUGCCAACAGAGAUGCUUUAUUUGUCACAUUGUUAUAACGAUCUAUAGAAAGCAAAACAAAUCAGAUUUGUAUCUUUAAAAAAAUAAUAAUAUUGUACUUAUUGGCAUCACUGGUCUGAAAUGCACAUGUUCACCAACAGACCUGUAACAGAUAAGUUUCCAGCAAAAGAAAGAAGAAUAAAGACCUCCCCUAAAAGUCUAGAAAUAAAUUUGUAAAACCCAA